CAAUUGCCGUGUUUCCACUAGAGGCUUGGGUUAGUCAAGUAUAUAGUUUAUACGCCGCCGACCCUUACCGCUAGUUGAGGUAACAAUGGCCGACAGCGACCCCAGGAAGGAGAUUAUUAAGAACUCCAUUCGCGGUGUUCCUGAUUUCCCCAAGGCGGGCAUUUUGUUCUGGGAUGUCACCACCAUCAUGCUGAACCACGAGGCCUUCAAGCAUACGAUCGACCUGUUCGCGGAGCACUACAAGGACAAGAAGGUCGACGUUAUCGCUGGCUUUGAGGCCCGCGGUUUGAUCUUCGGAGCACCACUGGCGCUGGCCCUGGGAGCUGCCUUCGUACCGCUGCGCAAGCCGGGCAAGCUGCCAGGCGAGAAGAUCUCGGAGGAGUACAAGACGGAGUACAGCACGGACAAGAUUGAGAUGCACGUGGGUGCUAUCCAGCCAGGACAGCGCGUUGUGCUGGUGGAUGACUUGAUCGCCACUGGCGGCACGCUAGCAGCGGGCAUCAACCUCGUCAAGAAGGCCGGCGGCGAGAUUGUGGAGGCAGCAUGCGUCAUCGAGCUGCCCUUCCUCAGAGGCCGGGAGAAGAUUGUCGACACGCCGCUGUUCGUGCUUGUAGAGAAGGAGGGGCUAUAAGGGGCUUGUUACACCCGGCCUGUUACACCAGAUAGGAACUGGUGCAGCUAGGCGCCAGUACGUGACAGUGCUUGCUGCAAUCCACGUCGCCGUAAGGCUGCCAUCCACCAUGAAGGGCCCUCGUGAGCUUGCACCCUGAAGAAGCGGUGCAUAUUAAAAGGCGGCAGCCAAUGCCUAACUCUAUUUCCGGGUGUAGUAGAGGCCGGGGGACGAAGACGUCCUGCUUGGCAAGAGGUGAAUUCCCAUGGUUGUACCGGCACCGAAUCGCAUUGAGGUGCUGCAGUACACCGUGCGAGUGAUGGUAACUGUGAUGAGUAGAGAUGUUGUCAUCGAACUAUAGGGCUAUAGAUAUUGCUGCAAGCGCCACGGCAAGCGGCCGUGAGACGCACUGGAAG